GAUCCAGGUUUCUAUCAGCUACCGAGGUACGGGCAAGACCUGAAAAGUGAUUUCCAAUGAAUACGAUUGCAAAAUGGUAUUAUUUGCAUCCGAUAAUCACCGACCUAAAUGAUCUUUUGAUCAUCAAAUAAAAGAACUCGCGUAAUAGCUGCCGUCGGUCCGGACCCUUGAGAUCGAUCCAUUUAUCACUGCACAGUGCUCAGUGCUCAGUGCAUAUACCCUUAGACUCUGAAUCUUAAGCCAUAUCAGCGAUCCCAGGAAGGCGAUAACGAAAUUCAACAUUGGCAAUAGGCAAGGUUGUGUGACAACACCCAGCCGCCGUUGCACGCGCUGGGGUACCGUAUACUUCUUAAUUUUUAAGCUUGAAAUGGCACUAUACCAUAUGGGGAUAGUAGAAUUAUCAAGAGCUAAGUCGGCUAAGACUCCCAGCGCUCAAAUCAUAUUUGCUACCAAGUACCGUGCAUUCCCCUCAUAUCCCGGCGGCUACCCCUUCCCCUUGCUAACAUGCAUAUCCCACUCUGUUUAGUUAAGGCGCUACCUUGCUCCUGCUUGCUCACUGCCACCUGGUCCCCGGCCCAAUGAGUGACCAGGGCUGAGUUUGCUGUGCCUCUCAUUCUGUUUAAACUUAUAGGUCCUGACUGGCAUAAAAAAAGUCAUCGAUUUUUUACUUGCUACCAAGGCUUCUAUUGACUCGAUUUUGUCAGGCAGAUUGACUUCGUUGUGACUACAUAAUUAUACCACGCUAUACUAAUUCCAAAUGCUUGAUAUAUAUUCUGCUCCUGUUCCAUCUCCUACAUUCUUUGAGGAUUCUUUUGCUGUUACAUCUCCAGCUGUCUUCAAGAAACCGCUUCUACCUCGUCUCAAGAUGACCACCAUGGGGGAGCCUGCCUUUGGCGGGGGUCAUGGUGUACCUCACAGUGCAAGUCACACGAGUGCUAGAGCUUCAGAUGUUCCAUGGACUCCUUACAGUGCUGUCUCGUCAUUUAAUCUUCCAGCACAUUACGAUUCAUCUUUGAUCACGCCUGUUGCAAUGGCACCAUCCCCAAACAUUUCUUCAAGGCCAGCACCCACAGUGAGAGAAAGGGAUAUAAAGCUAUCGCCAUCUAUGGAAUCACCAGAUUAUCCGCUCUUUGGUGGGGGCGAAGACGAUUUUGGUUCCCGACUUGGUUCUGCCCCAAUGAAGCAAAAAGACCCAAGUUCCAAUAAUUCCAAGAUUCCCACCAGCGAGCCUAAUUAUCCUACUUCUCCUGCUCUUUUCUGUGCUUCUCCGUAUUAUGGUGCAUUUGGAGUUUCCGCUACGCCAAAAACAGGACGAACAGCUGAGUUAACAUCUCCAAAUAUGAAUACCAGUCCUCACAAUACAAAUUCAAGUGCUAUGAGCGCCGAUCUCCGAAGAUCACGCCAUGCCACACCAGCUCAAAGUCCUGAAAGCUACAGAGUAAACAACCCCGCACCAAUACUGAUUGCUCCUAACCCCAACACAAUGCGACCAGCGACUAGACCUGGAGAUAUGCCAUAUAGGGAUAGCCUACCAUAUAGCCGUCAUGAUUCUAUGCAUUCCAUGCAUUCCUUAAAUUCCUAUAACUCGACACCACCUCAAUACCAAGAGCAACUUGCUCCCCUUCCUACUCGGAGGAAGAGAAAGGGUGCCCCCACACAGUUGGACGGAGAUAUUCUUUUUCAUGAGAAUAUAAAUCACGAGGAACAAAUUCUGAUGCAACUAUCAGAGGUUGAAGGCCUCGCUUGGAAAGAGAUUGCGAAGCAGUUCAAUGAGAGGACAGGCAGGAGUAUGAAAGUGCCAGCUCUGCAAAUGCGCAAGAAGCGACUUUGUGAACGUCUCCGCGUUUGGACUGAUUGCGAGGAGCGAGCUUUGACACUUGCUUGGGAAGAUUACGAGAGAGAGAAAUGGGAAGCUGUCGCAAAAGGCAUGAUGAAGCAUGGAGUCCAAGAAAAAUGGAGUAAAGAAGCCGUCCAGAGAAAGUUCAACGAAAUGUUCCCUCCCGACGAUCGAUCAUACAACAACACGGAGUAUGCAUUAUCCAAACAUGCGGAACAACUGAACUACGACAUCAAGAUGGAGCCACGAACGCCGUGGCCAAAUCACGAUGAAAGAGACAGCGCAAUACACAGUCUCACAGACGAAGAGCAAACCUUAGUAGGCGAGUUGAGGAGUAGGACUGCAAGUGAUGCCAGUUCACUGCAUUAUCAGCAGCAACAGCAUCAACAAAUCAUGUAUGCGCAACAGCAUCAGCAGCAGCAUCAAGAGAUAUGGGCAGGAAACUGAGCAGGAACUGAUGAAGUACAGGAUUCUGGGGCGAUAGAUAUUGGUAAUCGUUUUGAAUUUUUCUACAGUAUAUGGAAUUCUGGUUUCUACGAAGUCUGGGUAUAAUGAGCAAUCGUUCUGUGGAACCAUUGGACUGCACGAAAUCUUGUGUAGAAGGAAAGUAAAAUUGGGUUUACAGGCAGGCCAUCAAUAGAGACAAGUCUCGGGGCGGCAAACAUCUAGCAUCAUUGUCAUGGAGAUUCUAUUUUCCUAGAGCAAUCCACAUAUAUUCAUUGUACAAAUUAAUAGAAUAGUCUUGAAGAAGCAGCGCAGUCCUUCACUGGCAAUACAUAUCUACCCAUCCAACUUUCA